AUGGACGAAACUGACGACGAACACUACACGUCCGGCGAGGGCGCUCCGGCAAGCUACAUCCCGAAACCGGUCCAGUUCGUCGUCGCGACCGCGUGCACGGCACUGGUCGUCUUCGUCCUCGUCAUCGCGUGCUGCCUCGCCAAGUCGCAGUGCGCCUGGCACGAGCCGCUCGUGCGAGUCGCGAAGCAAAUAGAGGGCACCGAAAGACGACGAAGAAGGGCCGAGGAGCGGCAGCGGCGGCGCGCGCUGCGCGAGACCGAGGUCUCGCCCUUGCAACGGGGCGCCUUCGCGACGAUCGCCGCCCGUCUCCCUUCAAUUGAGUCGGUGCUCGGGCGCCAGACCUACCUGCAGGUCUGGAAGGGCCUGAAGACGCGCGCGCGCAACAAAACGACCGCCACGUACUUCGGCUACCCGACGGUCGUCUGGUUCUUUAAGUGGUUACUUUACGCGACGUUCAACGGCCGCAAGAGCACGGGCGACAUCGAGCAGUAUUUGGCCUUGCUGUCGUUUGUUUUCGUGCUGCAGAGCACGGCCUCCACACUGUGUGCAGAGAAGGCCGCGAAGCUGCGCGAGUCUUUGAGAGCUAUGGGCCUCCGCGAGCUCGCGUAUUGGGCCGGUCCGUUGAUCGUCGACGGCCUCUUGUACGCGACCGCUCUCGGUUUGAUAUUAGCGUGCAUUGUGACGCCCUGCCGCUUACUGCACAACGCCGGGCGCGGGAACAACGUGCCCGCGUCGUUUGCGCAGUUCUGGGAGGUCUUCGGGCUCUUCCAGGCCGCGGCGGCGUCGUUUGCGGCCGUCGCCUGUUGUAUUUCGACGGUCUGCGGCUCGGCGCCCGCGGCGUCGCAGCUCGCCUUCGCCCUGACGAUCGCGUCCGUCGUGUUGUUCAUCGUCCUCAAGGUCACGGAGCCGGCCUCCUUCAGGAACGACUACAUUGAGCUAUGGCUCGCGUGGCCGCCGACCGCUUUACAAACCGCGGCACUGGGAACUGCCUCAUUCACCGGCCGCUUUCCGGCGUGGCGCUUCCAGAUCGACCUGCCGCGCGUGAUCAAGUGGCUGUGGUUGGAUGCCGUGCUCUGGUCUUUAUUAGCCCUGUACCUCGGCGAGGUCGUGCCGCAGGAGUUCGGCGUCGCGAAGAAGUGCUGGUUUCCCCUGACGGAGCUGCGGGCGUGGUUUCGGCGGAAGGCGCCCGAGGCGGCGCCGGACGACUACGAGGCGCUCGACGGCGGCGAGGCGUCGGAGGGCGCGGUCGAGUUCGCGGGGCUGGCCAAGACCUUCGGGAGCUUCAAGGCCGUCGAUGGCGCGGCGUUAAGGCUGAACCACGGCGAGUGCACGUGCUUGCUAGGGCACAACGGCGCCGGCAAGACAACUUUGUUAAGGAUGCUCACGGGCCUGCUGCCGCCCGACCACGGCGAAGCAACUGCUAGAGCCUACGGCAUCGACUUGCUGACGCGUGAUAACGAGGGCACGGCGCCGCUCGGCGUCGUCCCGCAACACGACGUCUUAUGGGAGGAAUUGACCGUACGAGAGCACGCGCACUUCUGCGCGGUCCUGAAAAGCGGCGGCUACGAGGCGUGCGCGGCCGCCGACGACCUGCUGCGGACGUUCCACCUGGACGAUCGGCUGGCGCACUUCGGCUCCGAAUUGUCUGGAGGCAUGCGGCGCAAGCUCUCGACGGUCUGCGCGCUGGCCGGCGGUUCGAAGUUCGUCGUGCUCGACGAGCCGACGACGGGCCUCGACCCGCUGGCGCGGCGCGAGCUCUGGGACGUCCUCGCGCGCGAGAAGAGCGGGCGGUGCCUGCUCCUCACGACGCACUACAUGGACGAGGCCGACGAACUCGGAGACGUCGUCGCGAUUAUGGUCGCCGGGCAGAUAAGAUGCGCCGACGCGCCGGCCGCCUUGAAGCGUUCGCUGGGCUGGGGCGCGAAACUGGUGGUGGAGGUCCUAGAAGACACGGACGCGCGCGACGCCGUGAGCGAUGGGCCGCGGCCGACGACGCCGCCGGACGCGCAUGCCGAGGGCGAGAUCCAGCUGCGCGCGCCGAGCCCCGAGCCCUCUUCUGGGGGCGCGAAGCCAAAUGGCGCCCCGCACCAACUGAUGGACCGCGUCGCGGCCAUCGUCCAGCGGACGGCGCCCGGGGCCCGCGCCUGGGAGCGGCGCUUCGACGACGACGGCGAUGAGAUGUCCCGCCAGCGCGUCAUCGCGCGGACGGCGCCGCGUUUAGAGUUUGCGCUGCCCGCCGACGCGCCCGUCGCCGCGUGCCUCGAAGCCCUCGAGGCUUUACCCGUGCGCGUGGGCGUCGGCGGCACGGACCUCGAGGAUGUCUUCUUGCGCGUCGGCGACGAGGAGGAGCGGCGGCGCGCCAACCUGCUCUCGGCGCUGCCGCCGGCGCGGGACUUCGCGCGCUCCGACGACGGCAACGCGUGGCGCGCGCUGCGAAAACAGGCGCGGGCCCUGGUGACGAAGCGGCUCCGGACGGCCUGGCACGAUCCUGGAAGGACGGCGUUGUGCGUCGCUCUACCAAUCGCGGCCGCGGUCCUCGCCUUCGCGUGCAACGCGCGGGACGACUUCUCGGCGCGCGGGUCGUUCCCCGCGAACGCGACGACGUGCGUUAUCUGUAUGCUCGGCUUCGUGCCGCUCGUGGGCCUGAUUGCGGAACACGUGGCCGCCGAGCGCGCGUCGAAGCUGCGCAACGUGCUCACUGUGGCCGGCUGCGACGCGCGCGCGUACUGGCUCGGCACGCUCUGCGGCGACCUUUGCUUAUUGCUGGGCGUCGCGCUCUGCUUUUCCAUGGUCGCGACGAUAACGGGUACGUACGGCGGGCCCUACAAGCCGGACCCGUCGGGCGCCAUCAUUAGCUAUAAUAGGGCCGAGCACCUGUCGCAGGCCGUCUCCGACACGCCGCCGGAGUUCCUGGACCUGGGGGCCCGCGAGUACGGCCCGAAGGUGCCCGAGGCCUCCCGCGACCAAUUUAUCGAUGACGACGCGCGCCGAGCCGUCGAAAGCGAGGACGGCUGGCUGCUGGAUGAUUUGCUCGACGACCCGGGAGUCGUGCACGACGCCUUCCUCGACAAGCUCAUCGAUGAGGCCAUCAACAAGACGGGCGACCCGACGGUCGGCGAGGCGCUCGACGCCAUCGGGCACCACGUCGACGACGAUGCUUCACUGUCCAUAGGACUCAAUAGUGUCGUCGAAGAAGUCUACGGUUUGAAGAAGUGGCUGAAGGCCGAGACGUGGCUCUUCCCGCCGCUUUUUGUGGCACAGGUCGCGGCCUUCGCCUACGCGAUCUCCUUCGCGUCGGCGGGGCCGCGGUCGGCCGUGGUCCUCGCGCCGAUGGCCGUCCUCGGGCUGCUGUUUGUACCUAUAUCAUUCUUAGCGACCGUGAACCUCUCCCUCGGCGAGCAGGGCCUCGACGUCGUCCACCUCUCGAAUGACGCCUUCCUCGGCCUGUUGUACUGGGGCGUGUCGAUUUCGGUCCCCCACGGCGCCUUCCUUAUGGAGCUCUUCCGCAUCUCCACUGAUUUAUCAGAGCGUGCCAAGGCGUACCCGUCGCGCGCCGCGGUCUGGACUAUUGUGAUCGUGGAAUUGGUGUUGUUCCUGUACGCCGCCUACCGUUUGGACGAUCGCGCCGCGGCCUUCAAGGUGAAGCGCGUCGAGGCGCCGUUGGUCGAGGUCCUCGAGGCCGACGUGAGCGCCGAGCGGGACCGGGCGUCUAGCAGCGACGCGGCCCUCGUACUCAGGGGCGUGCGGAAGGUGUACAACGUGGGCAAGCCGAACGAGACGGUGGCCGUGUCUAAUUUAUCGAUGCGUGUGGAGCUGGGGGAAAUUUUCGGGCUGCUAGGAGCGAACGGCGCGGGGAAGACGUCGGCGAUAAAUGUGGUCAUGCGGGCCGCGUUCCCGACGGCGGGCGACGCGCUCGUGCGCGGCCACUCGGUGCUCGACGACUUUAAGCGGGCUUCGACGCAUCUUGGUGUCGUGACGCAGACGGACACGUUGUAUGACGCGCUGUCCUGCGCGGAGCAUUUGGAUCUGUUCCUGGAUCUGAGGAUGGCCCACAGUAGCACAACUAUAUCAAGCACGCAGCGCGCGCUGACGGUGGCGCGCAUGCUCGAGGACGUCGAGCUCGGCGACGCGCCGGAUCGACUCGCGGCGCGGCUGUCGGGCGGCAUGAAGCGCAAGCUCUGCGUCGCGUGCGCGCUGGUCGGGGAGCCGUCGGUCGUGUUGCUGGACGAGCCCUCGGCGGGCCUGGAUCCCGUGUCGCGGCGGCGGCUCUGGACGGUCCUACGGCGCGCGAUGGUCGGAAGAGCCGUCGUCCUGACGACGCACUCCAUGGAGGAGGCCGAGGCGCUCUGCACGCGGACGGCAAUCAUGGCGAGCGGCCAGCUGCGCGCCGUCGGCACGCCUUUAUCUCUCAAGCGGAAGAACGGCGCGGGCUGGCGGCUCUCGAUCAGGACGCGCGCCGGCGCCGACGCCGCCGCGAUCACGGCGCGCGCGUCUACGAUUGUGCCGGACGCGGCUCCGAGCGACCUGCGGCGGCGCGGCGUCGUCCAGUUCACGCUAGCGGACCGUGAAAAUAUGAGUGAAGUCUUCGCGGCCCUCGAGGCCGACAUCGCAAACGGAGAACUGGGCGCGGCGGGCGCGCGCGACUUCACGCUCGAGCAGCCGAAGCUCGAGGACGUUUUUAUGAGGGUCGUCCGCGCCGCCGAGGAGGACGAGGCGCUGUCCGGACCGCCGGCACCUGCCGCCGCUACCGACGACGUUGAGGCGCCGCUGGCCAUCCCGCUGCUCGACGCGCCCGACGAGUCCGGCGCGUCGGACGAGCUAGCGCGGUGCUGUUUUGGUUUAGAUAGAAGGGCGCAUGCCUUCCUCGCGUGGGUCCUGUCGAUCUGCGCCCUCGUGCUCUGGCUCACCCUGUCGGGGCUCCUGGGCCCGAUCGAAUACGACGACGACCACCCGCGGUCGAUGGGCUCGGACCCGGACGGAUGCCACCACGCAAAGGGGACGGAGCCCUGCGCGGUGGCGGCGUUCUACACGAACGGCGUGCCCUUCCUCAUCGCGUUUGUGGGGGCCGUGAUAGGCUGUUGCGGCGUGUGCUGCUGCAUCCCGAAGAAGGCCGACGCGAUGCUGGCGACGGCGGGCGCGUCGCCCUGA